CUCUCUCUCUCUCUGCUUUUGCCUCCUCCAUGAAUGAAAUGCAGAGUUGUGAAUGGAGCAAGCCUUGCAAGAGGGGGUUGGACCAAGGGAAGAAGAGGAGAGGCUUGCAUUUGCUGGCCUUUCCUUUUUUUUAUUCUAUUGCAAGCAGCCCAGAGAGGAAGCCAGUGCCUGGAUCUAGCAAAGGAAGAAGAAGAGAAAGAAGAAGAGAAAGAAGAAGAGAAGAGGAAGGAGGGAGGGAGGCUUUCUUUCUUCCCCUCUAUUUCUCUGGCUUUUGAGGAACCAGGGCUCUGAAGGCAACCAGAAAGAGAAGAGAGGAAUGGAAAGGCUCAGGGCCAAAGGCUGGCAGCACUGCUCUUGCAAAGGAACAGCAAAAUAACCUCUUUGCUUUGCAAGCCUUCCACUCCCUUGCCUUUCAAAUCCUCCAUUCUCUUGCCUUGCACAUUCUCCACUCCCUCUUUCUUUUCUUUUUUCUUUUCCUUUUCUCCUUCCCCCCCCCCCCUCCUCUUUCCUUUUGCAAGCCAGACCAUGUUUGCCUUUGCAAAGGGGUCCUUUCCUCUCUCUCCUCCAGCCAGGAUUUCUCCUCUUUUUUGGGCCACAUUUUGGGCCAUUUGGAAAACUCCAGAGGAUUUUUCGUCUUGAUCUCUUCCUCCUUUUUCUCCUUCUUCCUUUAAGGCUGAGUUCUUCUCCCUUUUUAUACAUAUAUAUAUAUAUAUAUGGACUUGCCUUGAGGCCAAGAAAGUCUUGGCAACUAGAAAAAGAAAAACCCAAGUUUGGGAGGACAGGAUUUUCUGUGACAUCUGUUUUUGCAGGACCAAUUUGAUUUUCAUUUUAAUAUUUUUGCAAAGAUAUAUUUUUGCCUUUUUCUUUUACAACUUGAAAAAAAAGAGAGGAAAAGAAUAUUAAUAAUAAUAAUAACUGCAACCACUUUUUUCUUUCUCCCUGCCUGGUUUGAAAAACCUAUGCAUAUAUAGAUCUAUUAUUAUUAUUAUUAUUAUUAUUAUUAUUAUUAAAAAAGCUUGGAAAUAAAAGGUGGAAGGAUGUCAUCGUCCAACUUGGGCCAUCCUCCAAGUUGAGGGACCAUAUAUAUAUAUAUUCCUAAACGGCCAUUUGGGUUGCUUCCAUCCUCCAGCAAUCUAAGAAAGUGAGGAGAAAACUGGGGGGAAAACCCCAAAUAUAUAUUAUUAUUUUUAUUAUUUGGAGGCUUUGGGAAACUUAAAUUUCCUUGAACCUGGGUCGACUUUGGAUCGUGGGAAUCCAGAAUCCAGAAAGGAUGGCUGCUGAGUUGAGCCCAGAGGAAGAACAGGCCACCAAGCAAUUUCUGGAGGAGAUCAACAAGUGGACGGUCCAAUACAAUGUGUCUCCUCUCUCCUGGAACGUGGCCGUCAAGUUCCUCAUGGCCAGGAAAUUUGACGUCCUCCGAGCCAUCGAACUUUUCCAUUCCUAUCGGGAAACCAGGCUGAAGGAAGGGAUUGUGAAAUUGAAGCCCCAUGAAGAACCUCUCCGGUCGGAGCUGCUGAGCGGCAAGUUCACCAUCCUGAGUGUACGAGAUCCUUCUGGAGCCUCAAUCGCCCUUUUCACUGCCAAGUUGCACCAUCCCAACAAAAGUGUCCAACAUGUGGUACUCCAAGCGCUCUUUUACUUGCUGGAUAGGGCUGUGGAGAGCUUUGAAACUCAGCGAAAUGGCCUGGUAUUUAUAUAUGAUAUGGCAGGCUCCCAUUACACCAACUUUGAACUCGAUCUCAGCAAGAAGAUCCUCAACUUACUGAAGGGAGCCUUCCCGGCCCGCCUCAAGAAAGUGUUCAUUGUGGGUGCCCCUAUGUGGUUCCGGGUUCCUUACUCCAUCAUCAGUCUUCUACUUAAAGAGAAGCUCCGGGAAAGGGUCCAGAUGGUGAAGAGUCUGAGCUUGAAACAGCACCUCCCGCAAGAGUGUCCCCGGAGUACCUGGGUGGGUCCCUCAAACGGGAUCCCCAGCUGGAAUUGCAGAUUUCUCCCGCAGCAGAACGGCCACCCGGACCCACUGGAUGAGCUGAUCCUGUACCACUGGCUCCCCUCUGACAACGGCUCGGUCCACGUCCCGGUGCCAAAGGGAAUGACGGUGCAAGAGGUGUUAGAACAUGUCAAGCAGAAGCAGAAGCGAGGGAUCUAUGAGGAAUACGAGGGCAUCCGGCGAAGGAGUCCGCAGAGCUCCCUUAACCAGGAAAAGAAUCGAUACGGAGAUGUUCCAUGCCUUGACCAAACCAGGGUGAAGUUGUCCAAACAGUUUAGCUACAACGAGUUGACCGAUUACAUCAAUGCCAGCUUCAUGGAUGGCUACAAGCAGAGGAAUGCUUACAUUGGCCACCAAGGACCAUUAGAAAACACAUAUAAUGAUUUCGGGCGCAGGGUGUGGGAACAGAAUGUGCUGGUGAUUGUCAUGACCAACAAGGCUCGAAGAAGGAGGCGAAGGAAGUGUGGUCAGUACUGGCCAUUGGAGAAAGACUUUCCAGUCCUCUUAUGGAAUGCGGACGGUCACCAACUUGGGUGUGAGAAACUCAACCACUACAAAAAACCAUCCCUGGAGAUCAUGGAUGAAGAACAUCCGCGAGAGGCCCUGGUGACCCACUUCCAGUACGUGAGCUGGCCACUACGGAUCCCAUCCUCGGCAGCAACGCUCAUUGACUUCCUGGGGGCAGUCAAGCGCAGCAAAGAUAGCAGUCAGUGCUCUGGGUCGCGAUACAAAGGCCAUCCAGGCGGACCACCCAUCGUGGUGCAUUGCAGUGCAGGGAUCGGUCGGACGGGUACUUUCUGUGCCCUGGAUAUCUGCCUGUCGCAACUGCAGGACAUGGGCACGCUGAACGUCUACCAGACAGUGGUACGGAUGAGGACACAGCGCGCCUUCAGCAUCCAGACCCCGGAGCAGUACUAUUUCUGCUACAUGGCUAUCAUUGAGCACGCUCAGAGGGAAAACCUCCUUCCCGUCUCCCGCCCUUGGGCCAGUCCGGAGAAAAGCUAAUGGGAGUCGCGGUUGGAUUCCUCACCGAUAGCCAACAAAUUGCAGGACCGGACUACCCUGCCUUCCUCUUUGCCUGACUUUUCCCUCUCUGCCAAUCCGGAUGCGUCCGAGUCUUUUCGCUCCAUCGUUGCGGAUAAGACCAAGGAUCACGAGGCAACUCGGCUCCAUUCCUACCCCUAUUGGGGCCUUUCUCUUUUGCCGGGAAGGACAAGUCACAACUGGUAGCCAUUGGACUACAGGUCCUUGCACCCUUGACUGAACUGUGCCUUAUUACAAAACACACACACACAAACCAAAUGUAGGGGGACCCUCUAUGCCACCGAAGAGGCGUGGACCUCCUUUCAAAAAGAAGGAGACUUAUUUUCCCCCUGCUCUUCAUUUGAGGCUGUUAGGACAUCUUUCUACUUAUAUACCCAAAGCCAGGAUGGAAGAAAACCUAACUGCCUCUCCAGUCUUACGCGUUGCUCAAUGGAUGUGUAGCUGUGUGUGUGUGUGUGUGUAUUUUCUCCUGUUACGUACAUAAAUAUAUGCUCCUCGUGUUGAGGCGUAGUCAGUAUUCCUGUUCUAUAUUUCGGGAUAGACACAGUGGCUUGUAGCUGCCAGGGACUCACCUGGCGUGGCAAAUGUCCAGUAAUGCAGUGGACCAUGGGUUGGAGCUCUCUCUUUUUCUUUUUUCCUUCUUUCUUUUCCCAUCUCUCCACUAGGUCCGGAGUGGGGAAGGUGUAGCCCAUAAGCUGCAUGCAACCCCAGGCUGUUUAUGGUCCUCACAACCCCCCAAAUUUUUGUCCCCUAAAACCGCUUAAAGGUGUGUAGGACGUCUUUGUAUCUCUCUUUUUCUGGGUUAUUUCAGGCACUUUUGGUAAUAGGAAGUGCUUUGUAAGCUGACUUCCAGGUUACUUUUUGUUGGUGGAAAAAUGGCCUUUACUUGCGCAUAAAAUGACCCACAGAAGGGCCAUAAAUGUAGUAAAAUUGUGGUCCCCUUAUCCUUGGGGAUAUAGUUUUUUCUCUCCAGGGAUGUCACUGGGGUUUGGCCCUACAAAAUCCCUUUGGGGACCAAAGCAGCUUCCUGAUCUUUAACAGUUGCCUGCCUCUGUGGCAUGGUAGCCCACUUUGCUCAGAAAACAUGCACCCCUUUUUUAUUUUAUGUCAGGGAAUGUAUUUUUCUAGGCCAAAAUGUUGAAACUCAUGCUUCAAUUAACCUGAACUUCAAUUAAACUUCUAGAACUAUGCAGUUUUGGAUACCUUUCUUGCACCAAGCAGAAAAAUGGUAAAACUAUUCAUUCAUGCAUCCCAGAAUGAAAUUGAUGGAGAUUUCCCUCCCAUAGUCUGCCACCCAACUGCUCAAUGCAGACUACUUUAAAAGAUGGUUCCUGAUGUUGCUUUUACUUCUUCCACCUAUUCCUUCCUUCCUUGCCUUAAAAAGAACAACAACUUUGAGGCAGCAGAAAAGAGCAGCUCUUUGGGUCUCUUCUCUCCCUCUUGGGAUACAAGAUGCAGACAUUUCUCAUGCUUGCAUUUGCCACUGGUUGGCAUGCCAAGUGCCGGGUACGAAAUACGGCACCAGGGUGGUUGGAAAGAGAAAGGAUAUAGUUGUCCAAUCUGGGUUUGCAGCCCUCCAAUGGUUGCCAGACUAGCUUCCAUCAUCCCUCACUGAUGGGAGCUGCAAUCCAACGAGAGCUAAAGGGCCAAAAGUCGAUAAGAAAGUGGAGAAGCUGGGUAUGUGUGGACACAACUAUUCAAAUCCUUAGGGCUGUAGUUCCCAAAUGUCGAUUCUCCAUGUGUUUUGGACUUCAGCUCCCAGAAGCAUUAGCCAGCUUGGCUAAUAGUCAUGAAUCCUCGGAGUGGAAGUCCAAAACAUUUGGGAGGCAAAAACUUUGUGGACCGCUGCAUCUGCACUGCAGAAAUGAUGCAGUUUGAUACCGCUUUGUCUUGGCUCCAUCCUAUGGAGGGCUGGGUUUUGUAGUUUAUUGGGACACCAGAGCGCUCUGAAAGCGGAAGCUCAAUAUCCCACAAAAUGCAAAUCCUUGAAUUUCAUAGCAUUGAGCCAGGGCAGUUAAAGUGGUGUCAAACUGCAUUAAUUCUGCAGUGCGGAUGCAGCCUUAGACAUCCCUCUCCGACUCAGUUGAAGCAGAUAGUACUGUAUUGGGGAUGGGACAGAGAGAGAGAAACUUAAGGAGCCCUUCCGCACUACACAAUCAUAGCACCGUGACUCCAUUUUAAAUUUCAUAGCAGCCUCCUAUGGGAUCCAUUAUAUUUUGUUGGUUUUUUGGGGUUAUGAGGCCAUGUUCUAGAAGAGAUCAUCAGGAAUAAACUCUUCUGGCCUUCACAAAAUAAAAAGGCCCAUCUGUAUUUUUGUCUUCUUUCUUGCGCUUCCUUUCCUUCUGUAGCUUUUCCUCCCACCUUUUCUAGUCGCAGAAGAAGAGAGCGGCAUCCAAACCAACCUCAGUAACUUUCUACUGGAAUAAGCUCUUUCGAAUGUGUAUAUUCUUUGUUUUUGGGUUUUUUUAAUCUUAUUUUUUUUCUUCCUUUAAUUUUUUUUUUGUAUUUAACAUUAACUUGAUCAAAAUCCGAAUUGGAGAUAACUGUAAAUGUUUCAGUUCGCUAUUGUAUGGCGACGGACGUUUCGUUUUUGUAUUUACAGAAAUAAAUAUACCUACAACUGA